UUGCUUUGAAAUCUGGGCAGAUGUUGUAAUGGCUCUUUUCAAGGCUGCAGGUUGCACACCAGAGAUAAUGACUCUCCUCUGUACUCCAUUUGAUUGAACUUCUCUGCUUUUCCACCGCUUUGAUUUUGGAACCUUUUGCCAAUAUUUGCUGAUUCCUCUCUAUUUAUGGACAAAAAUCCAGCUGGUCAUUGCACUUCCCAGUAAUAUAUAAAGUUUCUCUUGAUCAUUAUUUGUGCGAUAUCAGGAUACAGUCUGGUCAUCUAAGAAACUGCUUCCCUCUUUGGAAUAAGCCAAGAGUGAUAUUUACAAGUAGCCCUAUUAAAUCUGACAAGCAGGUCCACUGACUCUUCCUACAGUUGCAAUGCCUUGUCUGCUAUGCCCGUCUCUCUUGUGCUGCCUCCUUCUCCUCCUCCCCUUUCCAUUAGCCUCCAGUUCUGCUUCUAAUGGGGACACAGUGGUCAUAACCAGCAGUGGUCCUAUUAAGGGCAAGCAGUUCCUGGCUGACCUUGGAUCUGUGACAGCCUAUCUAGGCAUUCCUUAUGCUGAGCCUCCCCUGGGGAAGUUGCGUUUCCAGAAACCUCUUCCACAUCAGCCAUGGAAGCAAACACUGGAGGCCACCAGCUUUGGCAAUUCCUGCCCUCAAUUUCUUUUCCUGGAUGAACUUGAAACAGAGAUAUGGUCUCCUAAAACACCACUGUCAGAAGAUUGCCUUUCCCUCAACAUCUGGGUGCCACACCCACAACCUUCUUCACCAGUCCCUGUUUUGGUCUGGAUACACGGAGGGGGAUAUUUAGGAGGUACCUCUUCUGUGGAUGUGUUCAAUGGGUCAUCUUUGGCUGCCACUGAGAACGUCAUUGUGGUCACCAUCAAUUAUCGCUUGGGAGCCCUGGGCUUUCUGUACUUGCCACCAGCUGCUCCAGGGAACCUAGGUUUAUGGGACCAACAGCUGGCCCUGAAGUGGAUAAAAGAGAAUGCAGCUGCCUUUGGGGGAGAUCCUUCUCGGGUGACCAUUUUUGGCCACAGUGCUGGAGGAGCUUCUGUGAAUUUCCAUCUUCUCGCACCAAAAAGCCAGGACUUUUUUGCCCAAGCGGUGAUCCAGAGUGGAACAGCCAAUGCCUUCUGGGCUUGGAGGCCUUCUCAGGAAGCCAAACGGUUAUCGCAGGAAUUUGUUCAUCUGCUAGGUUGCUCCGAGGGCAAUAAUACCAGCAUACUGCAUUGUCUGCAAACAAAAAAUAUUUCUGAAUUUAUUCAGCAUGAAAUAUCUCUGUUCCGCAAACUUGGCUUCUUUCUGAAUUUUCCUUUCAAGCCAACCAUAGAUGGGGAUUUUUUGCUUGGUGAUCCAGAAAAGCUAAUGGAAGAGGGGCAAAUUCAGGUCAAACCAGUCCUCAUAGGUAAGAACUCUGACGAAGGUGGCUCAAUUGUCCACUAUAUUUUCUCUGACAUCAACGAAAAUCUCAUCAAUCAGGAGCAACUUCUGAAAGGGAUACAACUGUUGGUGCCAAAUGCAACUGAAGAUUUUGUUCAGACUUUUGCACUGAGGCAUAGUGAAGGAAAUCAUGGUCCAGCACAAUAUCGCUCUGCUCUGUCGCACUUUUUUGCACAUUGGGUUAUUGCAUGCCCAUUGAUUGAAGCUGCGGGAAAUAUCAGGAAAACUGGGAGUCCUGUAUAUGCCUAUUUAUUCACACAUCGCCCUUCAUGGUCAGCUUGGCCUGAAUGGACUGAGGCACACCAUGGUGCUGAGAUUCCUUAUAUUUUCGGAACCCUUGAAUCAGUGUUUCCUGUCAAUCAAACGUACACAGAGUCUGAAGCCAGACUGAGCCAUAAAAUGAUGCACUACUGGGCAGAGUUUGCCAGAACUGGGAAUCCUGCUGGGUUGGUGGCCACCAAGGAUGAGUGGUCGCUCUAUAAUGCCACGGAGCAGAAUUUCUUCGUUCUUAAUAGUGAGUCAUCCCGGGAAAUGGAGAAAGAACCUGUUCACCAUUGCCAUUUUCUAAAGAAGCAUUUUUCAAAGUCUGAUGACCCAUGAACCAAUCAAGAGUUUUCUUAAAAGACUUGUGAAAUGAUGACAAGCUGUGCCAGAGAACCUUCCAGAAGGAUCCAUUGUCCUUUCACAGACUGAGGAGAUCUUGAAAGAUGAAUAUGGAGCCAACUAAAACUGACAUAAUCUUUG